AUGCAGGCGGACCCCCCAUUGACAUCGGCGAGCCCUUGGGAGCCCCAUGGUUCUUUCGGUGAGCCCCCUGGUUCCUUCGGGGGCCCCUCUGGUUUCCCCGGGGGCCCAUCUAGUUCCCUCAGGAGACUUUCUGGUUCCCUCAGAGGCGCCCCUGGUUCCUUCGGGGUGCCCCAUAGGUUUCGCAGUUUGGGGGCCCCGAAGAAGCACCUUGUUGCAUUCGAAUUUUGGAAGCGGCCACCACCUCCCCCAACAACGGCUAUCACUGACACGGAGGGCCUGGAAGCGUUUCUGUUGAGUUUGUUGUCCGCGGACGCCCCUGAGAAGCCUUCCUCUUCCCCUUUUAGUGACGCAGCAGCAUCAGCACCAGCAACAACAGAAGCAGCAACAGCAGCAGAAGCAGCUGGUGCCAGUGGCGGGAGCUCUUGGACUUCAUCCGAAUGGAGCCCCCAAGGGGGCCCCCCCACGGAUACUGGAGGGGUCCACCUUUCUCCUUUCUAUCAUACCACCUCUACUUACGGCCCUAACAUUGUGCACCAGCAGAAGCAGCACCAGCAACAGCAGCGGGAGCAGCAGCAAUAUAGGGACCCUGGUGAUUUGCCUGUGGAGGAGCAGCUGCAGCGGCUCCGUCGGCUUGCAAAGUCGAGGGGCCCCCGAGGGGCCCCCAAAGAAGGAGGGGCCCCAAAAGAAGGGACCCCCCACCACACAGUGCAAUCUGACAUCCGCUCUUACCUUGUUCCCUGCAGGCAGCAGCAACACGAACAGCAACGGCAACAGGAGGAGCAGCUGCCACAGCAGCAAAAACAGGAAUCGCAGCACCCGCCAGACGAGCUGUGGUCCCAGGCGCACCACCAGCAGCAGGUGCGGCUGCAGCAGCAGCAACAGCAGCCGGAUGAGGGAUCUUUGAUGUAUGGGUCGUAUUCAAGUCCUGCUGGAGGCACAUACAGGACGCCGCUGAUGGGGCCCCCCGGAGGCCCCCCUGUCUAUGGGUUCGAGGAGGGGCCCCCAGAGAGUACCCACUCUGCAGGCACCCUCCAAUACCCUCAUUUAUCUGUUGGGGUCCCCGCGCCACCACAACAUCUUUAUGGAAAUUCAAAAGAGGCAGUUGAAGGGGGGCCCCAAGGGGUCCAUGUCCCUUCACCCCAAAUGGGGGCCCCCGACACACUUCCAGAGGCAACGGGGGCAACGGAGGACCCCUUCCAGGAAGUGCCCAUAGAGGCACCCCUCUCUAUGGGAGGUCUUUCGCCUGGGGGCCCCUCUCCGGAGGGGCCCCAAGAUUCACCCAUCUCCCUGGAGGACUCCUCGCCUGGGGGUUCUUCUCCUGGCGGCCCCUCUCCUGGGAGCCCUUCGCCUGGGAGCCCCUUGGGGGCGCCCUGCUCGUCAGGUACUGCUGCUGUGGGGUCGCCGGAGGGCAGCAACCCUGAAGAAGAAAGGGUGGCCUCCGCAGAGGGCCCCCGCAAAGGGUCAAGGAGCAAGAAGACUCCUUUGAAGGGGAAAGAGGCGAAGGGACAAAGAAGUAAAACACGAGAAGGAGAAAUAACAACAAAAAAAAGGAACAAAAAAACCCUCAUCUUCAAUCCUGUCGAUGCUUGGAGGGAAUUGUGCAACAGCUGGGUCUCCCAACAUAAUGUCCAUUUUGUGUUUUCUUCUGCUUCUUUUUCUGCUUUUGUCUCUUCUUUCUUUUCUUCUUCGAUUCCAUCCCCUUCCCCCCCAGAGGGUUUUAAGGGCUCCUCCGAGGGUUUAGAGGGGGCCCCGGAAGGUGUAUGGGGGUCCCCUGAGGGUUUCGCUAUUUGGGUAUGUCAGACGUUAUUAGAAGACGGAAGUUCUUCUUCCUUAAGCAGCAAUAAAUUGCAUUUUAGUCGAUUUAAUAGCAAUGACUCUUUUAGGAGAAGAUUCCCUCGUCCUGUUGCUCUCAUCCUUAGCACAGGUUCUAUUGCUGACAGCAGCAGCAGCAGCAACAGCAACAGCAGCAGCAGCAGCACCGCAGGUCCAGAGGGGGUCCUGCAGCUAAGCUUGGAGGCCCUCCAUCGUCUUGCGAAGAGCGCUCCAACGCAGUGGCAACAUUUCGUUAUUCCCCUAGCAGAUUUCGCGCUGCAACACCUGCAGCAACAACAGCAGCAACAACAACAACAGCAACAACAGCAGCAGCAGCAAGGGGAAGGGGUAGAAGCUGCUGCAGUUUGGUCAUUCAUAGAUGAUUUACUUCUCUCGCGAGUUAAAUUUUCUCUUCUUAAUGGUUGUUUGCUUCUGUGGAAUUCACAAGAGGCCAUUAGACCCCUCAUUGCUGAUAAAGCAGAGAUCCCUCUCGGCCCGGCUUGCUUUCUUGACGUUUCCCUUAUGACUUGGCUGUGGGCGCCCGACAAUCCCGAAAUAUCUGCUGCUGCUGCUGCACUCAACAAUGCAGCAGCAAAGAUGAACCUUCAACAGCCCCUGGGCGGGCUGUCGCCUUUGGAGGUGGGGGUUUCUGAGGGUUUUAGUUCUUUUUGGUCUAAAUCUCUCAUUGCCAAUAUAACAACUGCUCAAGUCGCGAGCACCUUGGCGCCGCACAUUCUCUCGCAGGGUUUGUGCAGGGUAUUAGUGGAGCAGGAGGUUCCUGUGGCGCUGCUGUUGUCCCUCAUGGAGGCGACGGGCAUUGCCUGCGACGAGGCUGUCCUAAAGCAACACAAGGACACACUGCAGGCAGAAUUGCAGCGAUUGUCUGCUGCUUGCUGUGAAGCCGUUGGCUUUUCUUUUUCUCCUUCUUCGCCUCAACAAGUUGCAAACGUCCUCUACAACCGAUUAGGCUUAAAGGCCCCACAGGGGCCCGUCAAUGGGGGCCCCCAGGGUGCCGCUGGGGAGGGUCUUGCAGAGGGAGGUCAGGAUGAUAAGGGCCGACAACUCAGCACGGAUGAAGCCGCAUUGCAAAGCCUAAAAGACUCCCACCCUGUGGUGCCUUUGCUGCAAAGACAUCGCCAAAUAUCGAAGUUGUACAGCACGUUUAUCGCCCCCUUAAACCCUAUAUACUUGGGGUCUUCAACAGUAAUUGCCGAGGGUUCCGUUAGCUUUGCUGUUCCUCCGGAGGGUUCAUCUGAGGGGUUGGCGAAGAAGCAGCGAUUUAAAACACCUUGGAAGUCUGGACAGCCGCAGCAGCAAACCGAACUCCCUCGGCUAUGCUGCCGAUGGAACCAGACGCGGACCGCUCACUUCUGCAUGGAAGGUCGUUUAAGGAUUUUAUUUAAAGAAGGAAAAAAAGAUUUUUAUGAAGAACUCGCGGCAGAAUUUUUGGGUUUAAAUUCUUCUGAGGUGUCCAAGCAGCAACGUGAUAGUACAAAAAGUGUCUGUUUAUCUCUUUUAUAUGGGGGAGGAAAUUCUCCAAUUUCGCAUAAUUUUGGCGUUUCUUCCGACAAUGCGCAAAAAAUAAAAUCAAAAUUUGCAGAAAAAUUCCCCGAAAUAAAUCAAUUCGUUAAAAUCAUCAAACAUAAACUACAAACAAAUGGUUAUGUACAAACCCUAGCAGGGCGUCGGCGUUAUAUAAAUUUGGAGAGUACCGACAGCUCAGCAAUACAACGACAAGCUGUUAAUUAUAUUAUUCAAGGAAGUGCGAGUGAUAUCAUUAAACAGGCAAUGCUUAAAGUGCAACGCGCAUUACAAAUCAGGCAAGUCAUGAAAAGGAAGGAAAAAUAUUCGUUUAUUGUUGUCUCUGCACGAUGA